CAGAUAAUGAACAUUCUUAAAUAGUAGAUAUGAGUUUAAUUAAUUAGUUUUACUUAUUCCACUAGUAAGCAAGACGUUCCUGGUUAAUAUGAAGCCAUUGAUUUUAUUAUUCUUUGUAUGUCUUUUACAUAUUUCAUACGGAAACUCCGAAGUUAAACUACAGAAUGUUUUCUCAGCAGAAUCCCUAAAAAAGCUUUACGAAGCGCUUGAAAGUUCUGAGCUGCGGUCAGAUUCAAGUUCAGUCAGCCCAUCAUCUACAGCCGUCAUAAACGAUUAUGCUGAUAAUGUAAUAUCCCAAGUUCAAAGUUUAAUAGUCGAGAAAGGAUUGGAUACUGUUGAAACACCUGAUGCUCAACUUUCAUUUAAACGUAAAUUUGCAUUGAUAACCUACAAGGGAUCCUUAAAACUAACCGAAGGUAGUGUAGCAAGUGUCUCCUCAAUCAAACGCGAUGGAGAUGUGGUGGCCAGCUAUAGCAACAAAUACCUUAGUAUUCAGGUUCCACUUCGUUAUGACGUACUUGAUGUCAAUUAUAAAUACAGAGCACAAAUUAUGAAAAUUCAUCAAACUGGUAGGGUAAUUGGAAAAGCGUCGUCAACAACGUUAAAAGUGGAUGUUGGUCUCAACUUAACCAACUUGGUAGUCGAUUUAAAGGAAUUCGCCUUAGAAGAUAUUGGUAACAUAAAAUUGAGCUUCAAAGGCAACAAGAUAGACGACUGGUUACUAAAGAUUAUCACAAAUGGCCUGGUUCCAUCAUUCAAGGGUACCAUCAAAAAAGUUGUGAACGAGAAGCUAUACGACGCCGUAGUAACUGUCGUAGAAUCUUUGAACAAAGAACUGCAUGGAUAAGUACAUGACAUACAAUAAAAAAAAUAAUAAAGGAUAUAUUUGUAGACAAUACUAAUACAGUAUUUUGAUUGAA